CCUUUGAAGAGAAAAUAGAAGACAUCCCCACACCUUUGUUUGAAGAGCAUGCAAAAUCAGAGCAAUAUGGCACAGCAUAGCAUUGCCGUGGGAUUAUUUGUAAUGACUGUUUUAUCCUUGCUGGAUGACAGUUCAGCUUUCCUGUUAAAUCAGCGUCUGAAAGGAAGGUUUCAAAGGGAUCGCAGGAAUAUUCGUCCAAACAUCAUUCUCGUCCUCACAGAUGAUCAGGAUGUGGAACUCGGUUCAAUGCAAGUGAUGAAUAAGACAAGGCGGAUCAUGGAACAGGGAGGGGCUCACUUCAUCAAUGCCUUCGUGACAACGCCAAUGUGCUGCCCGUCCCGCUCCUCUAUUCUCACAGGGAAAUAUGUCCACAACCACAACACCUACACCAACAAUGAAAACUGCUCCUCUCCAUCCUGGCAAGCCCAGCAUGAAAUCCGCACUUUUGCAGUGUACCUCAAUAACACAGGUUACAGAACCGCUUUUUUUGGAAAGUACCUAAAUGAAUAUAAUGGUUCCUAUGUGCCUCCUGGCUGGAAAGAAUGGGUUGGAUUACUUAAAAAUUCUCGCUUUUACAACUAUACCCUCUGUAGAAAUGGAGUAAAAGAAAAGCAUGGAUUUGACUACUCUAGGGAUUAUCUGACGGACUUGAUCACCAACGACAGUAUUAGUUUCUUCCGAAUCUCAAAGAAGAUGUAUCCUCACAGGCCAGUUUUGAUGGUCCUCAGCCACGCAGCCCCUCACGGCCCUGAAGAUUCAGCCCCACAAUACUCUCAUCUCUUCCCCAAUGCUUCUCAACACAUCACUCCCAGUUACAACUAUGCUCCAAACCCAGACAAACAUUGGAUCAUGAGGUACACUGGACCCAUGAAGCCUAUUCACAUGGAAUUCACCAAUAUGCUACAGCAGAAACGCCUUCAAACUCUCAUGUCUGUGGAUGAUUCUAUGGAGGCGAUCUAUAAUACAUUGAUCGAAACAGGUGAACUGGAGAAUACAUAUGUAAUAUAUACCGCAGACCACGGCUAUCAUAUUGGACAAUUCGGACUGGUGAAAGGAAAAUCUAUGCCUUACGAAUUUGACAUCAGAGUUCCUUUUUAUAUUCGUGGUCCUAAUGUGGAGGCAGGAUCCUUGAAUCCUCACAUCGUGUUGAACAUAGAUCUGGCUCCUACCAUUCUAGACAUUGCAGGCCUGGACAUUCCGCCUGACAUGGAUGGAAAAUCCAUUUUAAAACUGCUGGAUUCUGAAAGACCAGUUAAUAGGUUCCAUUUGAAAAAGAAGAUGAAGGUCUGGAGGGAUUCAUUCUUGGUGGAAAGAGGGAAACUACUGCACAAGAGAGAAAAUGAAAAAAUGGAUGCUCAGGAAGAAAAUUUCUUGCCCAAGUACCAGCGGGUGAAAGAUCUCUGCCAACGAGCAGAGUACCAGACUGCAUGUGAACAGCUUGGGCAGAAAUGGCAGUGUGUGGAAGACUCCAGCGGGAAGCUGAAGCUGCACAAAUGCAAAGGGAUGGCCAGCCUCACAGCUCCAGGCAGCAGCAAAGGUCUGACCAAUCUCAUGCCCAAAUACUACAGCCAGAUCAGUGAGGACUGCAACUGCGAGGAGAAUGAAUACAAGCUGAGCCCCAUCGGGAGACGGAAGAAGCUCUUCUCCAAGAAGAAGUACAAGGCAAGCUACAUUCGGAGCCGCUCGAUUCGCUCUGUGUCUGUUGAACUGGAUGGAGAGGUCUAUAAUUUGGAUUUGGAAGAUGGCUACCAGCCUGUUUUGUCCAGUAAUAUCACAAACCAACACAAAAAGGUCAAGGGUGCUGAAGGAGACGAUGAAGAUGACGACAAGGACGUGGGAGAAUAUAGUGGUACUGGUGGAAUUUUAGAGAAUGCGGCCCCUAACUUAAUCAAAGUGACUCACAGAUGCUACAUUCUAGAGAACGAUACUGUUCAGUGUGACACCGAUUUGUACAAGUCAUUGCAAGCAUGGAAAGACCAUAAACUUCAUAUAGACCAUGAGAUCGAAACUCUUCAAAAUAAAAUUAAAAAUCUGAGGGAAGUGAGAGGUCAUCUGAAGAAGAAGAGGCCAGAAGAGUGUGACUGCAACAAAAUAAGCUUCCAUUCAAAACACAAAGGCAAACUGAGGCACAAGGGGUCCGGCCUUCAUCCUUUCAGGAAAGCCUUGCAAGAGAAGGACAAGUUGUGGCUCCUUCGAGAACAGAGGCGAAAGAAAAAGCUGCGCAAGCUGCUGAAGAGGAUCAAAAACAACGACACGUGCAGCAUGCCAGGCCUCACUUGUUUCACCCACGACAACCAGCACUGGCAGACCGCCCCCUUGUGGACAUUGGGUCCUUUCUGUGCUUGCACUAGCGCAAACAACAACACAUACUGGUGCAUGAGGACAAUCAAUGAGACUCACAACUUCCUGUUCUGUGAAUUUGCUACUGGCUUCCUUGAAUACUUUGACCUCAACACUGACCCUUAUCAGCUAAUUAAUGCGGUGAACACGCUAGACAGGGAUGUGCUCAAUCAACUGCACGUGCAGCUCAUGGAACUAAGAAGUUGCAAAGGGUACAAGCAAUGCAACCCAAGGACUCGGAACAUGGAACUGGGCCUUAAAGAUGGAAGCUACGAGCAAUACAGGCAAUUUCAGCGACGGAAAUGGCCAGAAAUGAAGAGACCUUCAUCUUCCAAGUCGCUAGGACAGCUAUGGGAAGGCUGGGAGGGCUAACCUGCAGAUGCUGGACCUCAGUGAGGAUAUAAACUGGCCAGAACUUGAAUCUUUGUACAGACUUAAUGAAAGUGCAUAUGAUUUCAGACCGAAUUAUAAUGUUAGCCUGGAGGACUGGAUGAACUUUUGACGCUAAGGUAGAUAGG